GAAUUAUAGACAUUACCCAAAAUAAAACAAGUAUUAUCGAGAUUCACAAUAUCAAAUAUCAUCUCCCAUCUUUGGUAAUUGAAUCAAUAACAUCUCCUCUAAACUUGAGAGGCAAGAUCAUAACACCAGCAGAGUGAUUUGAGCCAUAGUUGAAAUAUACAGAGCUUCCCCAUUGUGACUUCCAAAAUUUACAGUCAGCGUCACAAGAGUAAAUCUCCUGAAGGGAGAUGAAAUCUGCUUAUGUUUACGUUUACAAAAUAGAAAAAUAGCUGUUCUUUUAGUGAUAGCACUUAGACCCCUUACAUUUAAGGACACAAUGUUAAGAGAGCUGAAUUAAAAAUUCUGCAUACUCACACAAAACUAAAAAGGAAAACACAAAACAUGGUUAACACAUUUAGAGGCCAGCCUCAGACGAGUCCAGGAAGUGACGUCAAAUGCAUCAAAAUGCGGGGAUACCGGAUAUCCGCGGCAUACAGAUAACUCCAUUCAAAGCAUUUUUCUCUUGGAUUUUUGUUUUACGGAGUUCUCCACGUGAGUUUCAGCAAUGCCCAGUUUUGCCGAGAUUAACGCUGUCUUUCAGAUUUAAACAUCGGAUUAUAAAAUAUCAGUGGCGAUCAGUGGACUUAUUUGAGGCCUACCACCAUGACGACAAAAAAAAAGAAGUUUGAUUUGGCAUUUAAGCUGACCGUUGUCAAAUUUGCCGAACAAAAUUCGGGAGAAGCAGCGGCAAGACAUUUCUCGGUUCAUCCAAGGAGUGUGCUAAAAUGGCGUAAAAUUAAAACUGAACUGGAACGUCUGUCUGAGGAGGACUGCAAAAGGGCCAGACUGCGAGGCGGAGGGAGGAAGAAGGCCAGUGAAGAACUGGAGCUGGCCGUGUCCGAGUGGAUCCACAGCAUGCACGCAAAGCAUCUCAGACUCUCACAUAAAAUGAUCAGGACCAAGGCAAAAGAAAUGUAUGCAACAGUGAGUGACUGCAUGGAUGGGGAGAGUUUUGCUGCGAGUGCUGGCUGGCUGGACAGAUUCUUGAAGCGCCACGACCUUUCGGUCAGAGGACGCACAACCGUGGACCAGAAAGAUGCCAGGCACUCCACUAAGAAACUGGGUCCGAUAGUGGAGGUCCCAGGUAAACCAGCGUACAAAAUGGCCAACACGCUCUCAGACCGGCAGACCGCCUCUCUACACGUGGGUCGCAACGAGCCUUCAGAGCCUAAAUGGACAACUAGACAGCAGACAGAGAGCACAUCAGGCAGCAGGCCUACCACCAUGACGACAAAAAGAAAGAAGUAUGAUUUGGCAUUUAAGCUGACCGUUGUCAAAUUUGCUGAACAAAAUUCGGGAGAAGCAGCGGCAAGACAUUUCUCGGUUCAUCCAGCGAGGGUGAAAAAAUGGCGUAAAAUUAAAACUGAACUGGAACGUGUGUCCGAGGAGGACCGCAAAAGGGCCAGACUGCGAGGCGGAGGCAGGAAGAAGGGUCCAAUAGUGGAGCUCCCAGGUAAACCAGCGGACAAAAUGGCCGACUCACUCUCAGACCGGCGGACCACCUCUCUACACGUGGGUGGCAACGAGCCUUCAGAACCUGAAUGGACAACUAGACAGCAGACAGAGAGCAGCAGGCCUACCACCAUGACGACAAAAAGAAAGAAGUACGAUUUGGCAUUUAAGCUGACCGUUGUCAAAUUUGCCGAACAGAAUUCGGGAGAAGCAGCGGGAAGACAUUUCUCGGUUCAUCCAACGAAGGUGAAUAAAUGGCGUAAAAUUAAAACUGAACUGGAACGUCUGUCUGAGGAGGACUGCAAAAGGGCCAGACUGCGAGGCGGAGGGAGGAAGAAGGCCAGUGAAGAACUGGAGCUGGCCGUGUCCGAGUGGAUCCACAGCAUGCACGCAAAGCAUCUCCGAGUCACACAUAAAAUGAUCAGGACCAAGGCAAAAGAAUUGUAUGCAACAGUGAGUGACUGCAUGGAUGGGGAGAGUUUUGCUGCGAGUGCUGGCUGGCUGCACAGAUUCUUGAAGCGCCACGCCCCUUCGGUCAGAGGACUCACAACCGUGGACCAGAAAGACGCCAGGCACUCCACUAAGAAACUGGGUCCGAUAGUGGAGCUCCCAGGUAAACCAGCGGACAAAAUGGCCGACUCGCUCUCAGACCGGCAGACCACCUCUCUACACGGGGAUCAGAACGAGCCUUCAGAGCCUGAAUGGACAACUAGACAGCAGACAGAGAGCACAUCAGGCAGCAGGCCUACCACCAUGACGACAAUGAGAAAGAAGUAUGAUUUGGCAUUUAAGCUGACCGUUGUCAAAUUUGCCGAACAAAAUUCGGGAGAAGCAGCGGCAAGACAUUUCUCGGUUGAUCCAAAGAGGGUGCGAGAAUGGCGCAAAGUUAAAACUGAACUGGAACGUCUGUCUGAGGAGGACUGCAAAAGGGCCAGACUGCGAGGCGGAGGGAGGAAGAAGGCCAGUGAAGAACUGGAGCUGGCCGUGUCCAAGUGGAUCCACAGCAUGCACACAAAGCAUCUCAGACUCUCACAUAAAAUGAUCAGGACCAAGGCAAAAGAAUUGUAUGCAACAGGGAGUGGCUGCAUGGAUGGGGAGAGUUUUACUGCGAGUGCUGGCUGGCUGGACCGAUUCCUGAAGCGCCAUAACCUUUCGGUCAGAGGACGCACAACCGUGGACCAGAAAAACACCAGACACUACACUAAGAAACUGCUGCCAGGUAAACCAGCGUACAAAAUGGCCGACACGCUCUCAGACCGGCAGACCGCCUCUCUACACGUGGGUCAGAACGAGCCUUCAGAGCCUGGAGCAACACCCACACCUCUGGAGGAUUGCAAGCCUGCUGACAAGAGACCAAUGAUGGAGUGUAAAAACUUUGCUGGGAACAUGGAUCUCGGACUUUCGUUGAGUUCUGGCUGUAACGUCACUGAAACGCGGCAGGUUGACCCGCCGAGCGUUAUGGUGAAAGAAGAAGAUAUAAAAGAGGAGGAGUAUGGUCAUAUGAUUUCAUGUCCAGAUGAAGAUGAAAAGCCCUUUGCAGAGCUUCACUGUAAAACUGAAACAGACGUCACAGAGUCCAAUGUUUACAAUGAAACAAAACAGACAACCGCGGAGAUUGAAGUGAAGAUUGAAGAUGAUGAACAAGAACACGAUUAUCUGCUGCAAAGUGUAUCGGAACAACCACCUGUAACGCAACAGAAGAUCCAUGGACAGAAUGAUGAACUCAACCUGCAACUCAAAGGAAGGCUGCACCACUGCACUGUCUGCAGGAAGAGUUUCACGACCCUGAGAAAACUCAAGAAACACCAGAAAACACACUCUCAUGAAUGUAUCCAGUGUGGAAAAGCCUUCACAAGAAUGUCAAGUCUUAAAACCCAUAUGCUAAUUCACACUGGAAAGAAGCCUCAUAAAUGUAUCCAGUGUGGAAAAGCAUUUUCACAGGUUUCUCAUCUUAAACCCCAUAUGCGAAUACACACUGGAGAAAAGCCUCAUAAAUGUAUUCAGUGUGGAAAAACUUUUUCACAAAUAUCAUCUCUUAAAACCCAUAUGCUAAUACACACUGGAGAGAAGCAUCAUAAAUGUGUCCAGUGUGGAAAAACUUUUUUACAAAUUUCACAUCUUAAAACCCAUAUGUUAACACACACUGGAGAGAAGCCUCAUAAAUGUAUUCAGUGUGGAAAUACUUUUUCACAAAUAUCAUCUCUUAAAACCCAUAUGCUAAUACACACUGGAGAGAAGCCUCAUAAAUGUAUCCAGUGUGGAAAAGCCUUCACAAGAAUGUCAAGUCUUAAAACUCAUAUGGUAAUACACACUAGAGAGAAACCUCACAAAUGUGACCGGUGUGGAAGAGCUUUUUCAGUAGUUUCACAUCUUAAAACCCAUUAUUUAACUCACACGGGAGAGAAACCCCACAAGUGUGACCAGUGUGGGAAAGCUUUUACACGGGUUGGUAAUCUUAAAACCCAUAUGCUAAAACACACUGAAGAGAAGCCUUAUAAAUGUAUCGAGAGUGGCAAGGCUUUUUCAAAAAUCUCAAAUCUUCGUUUUCAAAUUCAUACGCACACUGGAUAGAAGCCGCACAUGUGUAUCCAGUGUGGAAAAGCUUUUUAUGUUAAAACCGGAGCGCUAGAGAAAACAGAGUUGUGGCGUAAUUAUGUAAUUUUAUGUUAAAAGAGAGAAAACAGAGUCCCUAGAAUUGGAGAUACAUAUUGAGAUACAUUUUGACGCAAUCAUGUAUCAAAAUAGCAGUGCCCUGACGACUCCCAUUCAAAAGGCCAUUUGACCUGAAAACAACAAUACGGACAAGCUUAAAAGUGACUAUUCCAACGUAAUUAUGUUUUUAAACGAAGUUUGAUUCGGCUACAUCGACAAAAAGACCCUAGAUUGCAAUUUGGUGAGAGUUACGAUUUAAAACUGGUGUGUUAGAGAAAACAGGUGGUGACACUCCCAUUAAGAGACGGUGGAAGAUGCAGCGCUUUUCCAUGCCAUUUUAUUGGAGUUUCGGAAAUGAAAACAGCCAAUCACUUGGUCAGCAGUCAGUGAGUUACGCCCAUAUAUCCUCCACCAUCCGGAAAUAUCACUUGGGAUGUAUUUCCGGCUGCUAGAGGAUCCCUCCUCCUGCGAUACAGCCAUCCAGCACAGGAUUUUUGGAGCUUAGAUUGUGUGGCAGCAACAUCAAAAGUGUGUCACAACUUCCUCUUUAUGGCUCUGGUCAAACCCCAUAGACUAAUGCUGCAUUCCAUGGCUCUGGUCAAACCCCAUAGACUAAUGCUGCAUUCCAUGGCUCUGGUCAAACCCCAUAGACUAAUGCUGCAUUCCUUGGCUCUGGUCAAACCCCGUAGACUAAUGCUGCAUUCCAUGGCUCUGGUCAAACCCCAUAGGCUAAUACUGCAUUCCAUUUGUCUGCCUGAGUUGGUUACUGUUUUCAACAGGAACUUGCAACAUCAUCCGAAAUUCUAUCCAGACACUCCGAGUUCAAAUUUUCAAAAUGAAUGUGCCCAUUAACAGUAAAUGCAAGCCAUAACAUAAUGUACAUUAGCUGUUUAAUUGUUUAUUAAAUACCAUUUAGUAAAGCAUUUGUG